UGAGAUGGGAUGCCACUCCAGCAAGAGCACCAAGGUGGCGGGGGAGUCCCAGAAACCCGCAGAACAGCCCGAGGGAGAGGAGCCAAAUCUGGGGGCUGGCACAGAGGCAGCAGAUGGCAAAGACGCCUCCUUGAAGGAUGGUGCCCCUGAGCAGAAGAAAUGAGAUGCUUCUCUCUGGAUUCGGACCCUCACCUCAUCCGUGGAACUGCCUUUGGC